AUGUCUACGGGUGUUCGCAGCCGCGACCGUGUGCGGCAGGCGUGGAAGGUCCUUGGACUGCGGGCGCACCCAUCCUACGACGAAAUUCGUGUAGCGUACUACAAACUUGCUGUUGCCACGCACCCUGACCGCUCCACCGAGCCGAACGCGAAGGAGCGGUUUCAGGUGAUCCACGGCGCCUACGAGGUGGCAUUGGAGGACCACCAGCAGGCUAAGGUAGCGACAAAGCGCAAUCCGCACGAUGAGUCGUCGAACUUCGAUUGGCGGGCGGAGGUGGCACGCGUCCGGGCGGCGUGCAGCAGCACAUUCGGUCGCCCACGCACAUGUGAUACAAGCCCACAGAUGCAAAACUGGCGCAUGCGCUCCACUCGCCGCCGCGCGGGUGAGAACGGUGCAGCACACAAAACCCUUGGGCCGAAUCGCCUCGGCAAGAGGGGUGCGGCGGAGGUGAAACGUGCGGCCGAAGAAGAAGCAGCGGCAGCGUUCGAAGAAGAGCGACGGCUGCAGACGAUCGAAAAGCGCCGUCGUCGUCAACCAACAGUUCUGCAAAGGCAACUCUUCCGCAUCAUAUCUAGUGAACAAAAGCAUCGACGCUCGAUUAUGCUUCUUGAACGGCGUGCAUUGCGAACUAUUUUGCUGUGCUUCUCCGAGGGAAGAAUUCGUCAGGCUCUGAUGCAGCUGGAGGAACUCACGCGAAGAGAAUUUGAAAAAGGAAGAUCACAUUCUUCCUAG